AGAGGCACAGAGUGAAAAUGUUCCCAAAUUCUAUGGCAUUGAGAGAGUUUUCCUCAAAUCCUCAAAACAAAUUCUCUGCAUUACCAGUUUGAUACACACAACUCAACUAGAUCGUUCAUGGCGGUCUCAGUUUUGCUCUUCCUCCUUGAUUCGUGCAUGAAGUAGUAAGAAAGCCAACGAAAAUGGUAGUAGGGUUAGGGCUUGAAUAAACAAACAUCUUUUAGUAUACAGCGAUAACGAUAACGACUACGUAGAUUUGUAGUAGUACUAAGUUUCUAUUUCCAGUGAUUAAAGUUGAGGAAAAAAAGGGAAAGAAAUGAACGGGCAAUGCUGAUGUCAGAGAAAUUUGGGUGGUUAAUGUUUGAUUCUGUAGAUUUUUUUUGUAAUUGUGGUAUUGAAGUUAUGUACUAACCGAAGAGUAUUUUGGGUGAGUCGUUUUAGGGUAGUACUGAAAGAAACAAAAAAGGGGAAAGAAGAAGAAGAAAUGAGGCCGGUGGAGGAUGAUGUUAAUGUAGAGCGAGUUUAUAGGGAUGAGAGAUUAAGAGGGCAUGGAGUUGAAUUGGAGUCUGAUCGUUGCUUUAUGCGUGAUAGUGGGGUAAUGGAACAGUCUUCACAUAGGCAGAGGAGUUUGAGCCCUCGGAGAGAGGGAGAGUCUCCGCGAGUUAGUUGGCAGAGGAGGGAGGUGAUGGAUAGAGAUCAAGAUUUUAGUGAUAGAGGUGAUAUAAGGGAACCCCAGUUGAGGAGGGAGGUGAUGGAUAGAUAUCAAGAUUUUAGUGAUAGACCUGAUAAAAGGGAACCCCAGUUGAGGAGGAGUGGGUUAAUGGUGAGAGAUGAAGAAUUUAGUUAUAGAGGUGAUAUAGUGCAGCGUCAGUUUAAGUCGAAGUCGCCUGUUUAUCGACAAGUGCAUAAAAAGCCUCAACAUCAUUAUCAGGCUUCUUUGAGUAGGGAUGAGAAAGAGAGGAGAAGAUAUGAUUUAUUUGAUUACGAGUAUAGAUAUGAAGCUGCACAUCGCACUGGUGUGGAUUAUGAUUAUGAAUAUGUCAGUGCUAGAAGUGUUCAAAGCCAUAAUAUGAAUAAAGAGAGAGGUGGUGUGCAUCAAUACGGAUCGGACAGACAUAAACUGUUGGUUUUAGAAGAUGGGUCAAGCCGAGGAGCUCAUAGUUUGCCCUUUGAUUCUCAAUCUUCAAAGUAUGUGGAGGCUGCAAGGAGUCCUUUAUCAACCCAUGUGCAACCUCGAGAGAUUAGGUUUAGGGAUGAGAUUGCUCGUUACCCUGAUCCUUUCCUUGUAGAUAAAUUGUCGGCAAUUGAAAUGCUUGAAAGAGAGGAAAGAACUAGAUUUCAUCCUAAAGAUGUUUCGCGCUACAUGGAGUCAGUGUCCCGGUCUAAGGAUCUUGCUGCCCCCUCUCAGUAUAAGGAAUGUUCGGCCACAUCCUCUGGAACCUCUAGGAUGAAUUAUGCUCCUAUGAUUCAAGAUGAUAUGCAUUUGCUUGGGGAUAUUCAUUCAAGGAGUUCCACGAAGCAUAGACAACCAUUAUAUCUCAAUGAAUAUGGUGAAAAUCAAAUUUAUAACACCUUGGAAGAUUAUGCAGCUGGGCAUAAGGAACUGACAAGCUACCAGUAUGAUAAAGUUAGUUCUCCUAGGGCUGACAAUAUGGAUUAUGUAUAUCCGAAAGGGAUACCGAGAGAUACUAGUGAUUAUGUUCAUUCAUAUGAAAAGAUGCCUUUUCUUGAACAGGCAGUACUUGACAAAAGGCAUGCUCGGGCACAAAUUCUUUUGGUACCCCUUAGAGAGAAUAUCAGUGACGAUGAGUUUGCUCGAAGAGAUGUCAUCAACAGUAGUUCAUGGGAUCACCAUUCAUUGAACAAACAACCAGUUUCAAUGAGCUUUUCUGAUGGCAGAUCAUUAAUGAGAUCAAGCCAAGGUCAGUUUUAUGUGGAUUCUAAUGAUACUAAUGUUGAUACACAAAAUGUAAGAGAAUCAGACAGAGAAAAUUUGGAUGUUCCCUGUCAUGAAGAGAUUCCUCUAAGGAGACUGGAUUACCAUAGAGAGAAUAUUAGUGACAAUGAGUUUCGUCGAAGAGAUGUCAUCAACAGUAGUUCAUGGGAUCACCAUUCUUUGAACAAACAACCACUUUCAAUGAGCUUUUUUGAUGGCAGAUCAUUAGUGAGAUCAAGCCAAGGUCAGUUUUAUGUGGAUUCGAAUGAUACUAAUGUUGAUACACAAAAUCUAAGAGAAUCAGACAUAGAAAAUUUGGAUGUUCCCUGUCGUGAAGAGAUUCCUCUGAGGCGACUGGAUUACCAUAGCAGCAAGAACGAACAUUCUAAUUCCUAUGCUGAAAGGUGGAGGAGAUCACCCCGGCUUGAACAUGAAAUGGAAAUGCUUGGAGAUAGGAUUCGACCAAGGAAGAUUGAAUCGGGUGUAAUUGGAGGCUAUGGUCAUCUAAUAAGGUCAGAGAAGAGGAAGUACAUUUUAGAUGAAGAAAAGAUGGAGCACAGUUCUGGACGGAUUGUGUUCAGUGAAUGGAAGAAAAACAUCAAUAGAACUCAAGAUAUAGAUUAUAGGAACGAGGUGUGGGAUGAUCAAGAUGCUAGUGGCUUACUGUCUCUGGAGAACUUUGAGGAUGACGAAUGGUUUGGAAAGGCAGAAAGGACAUACAGCGGGGAUCUUUAUGGUAGAGUUGCUGCCACUGAUGGCUUAUUUUCAUAUCGUGGUUCAAUAAAUCAGGGGCAAAGGCACCUUGUUAGACCAUAUAAUCCUGGUAAAAAUCAAAAGGUGCAUGAGAAUUCCAGUUCACUGAGACAGUACGUUUCAACUCAAUGUAACAAGAAACAUCAUCUUUCAAAAAAUGUUUGGAUAAGAGGCAAUGAUGAUAAAGAAACAGAAGCAUCUGACCAUGUGGUCAAAGAAUUAAAGGAUCAGGUAGCUUGUGCAAAAACUGAGUUACCUGAAGAUUCAAUUGAAUUUAAGCAACGGGUACAUAAUUUCUCCCUAUCUUAUACCAAAAAGUUGAAUGAGAGUGUUGCAACUCAGAAAAGAUACAAGGAGCAAGGCAGGGCUGGUGGCUUAUACUGCAUUGUUUGUGCCAAGAGUCAAUUGAAAGAGUUCAAAGAUACUCGAUCCUUGGCAGUACAUUGUUUUAUGUCGCAAAAGGUAUGGUUGAAAGCAAAACACUUGGGUCUUCACAAGGCAAUAUGUUUCCUAAUGGGGUGGAACAGUGAUGCACCCCCCGAGGGCAAAUUAUGGGUUCCGGUGGCUGUUCCUGCCCCAAAUGCGUUAGCGCAGAAGGAAGAUCUUAUUCUCUGGCCACCAGUGGUUGUUAUACAUAAUUUCUCUGGAUUGGUAACUGGCCUAGAUGGGCAAAAAGUUACGACUACUGAAGCUGUUGAGAACUUUCUAAGAGGUAAAGGUUUUAGUGGUGGUAAAAUGAAGGUUUGUAUGGGGAAGCCUGGUAAUGGCAGUGUAUUACUGGUGAAGUUCUUGGGCACUAUCCCUGGCAUUCAGUAUGCAGAAAAGCUUCAUAACUACUUCAUGGAAGAAGAGCGUGGAAGGAAGGACUUUAGAGUAGUAAUUUCUACCAAGGGCAAAGGCAUCGACAACAGAAAUGUUAAGGGGGAUAAAGUUGAGGAAAUUUUGCUCUAUGGUUACAUGGGAAUAGCGGAAGACUUGGAUAAAGUUGAUAUUGACACCAAGAGGAGAAGUUUAAUCAAGAGCAAAAAGGAGAUUCGUGAUUUUGUAGAUGCUCCUGUCAAAUCUGUAGAGGAUGAUUAAGGAUUAAAGUUUUCAUCGCAGCUGGAUAGAACCCACGUCAUCUUUUCAGAACACAAAUUUAAUCACACAGAGGGGAAAAAAAAGAGGAAAGCAAUGUAGAUAGUAGGGUGAAAGAAAGGUACAAAGCAAACUGAAGGAUUGUGAAUUGAGUAGAACUCAGUUCAUAUCCACAGCUUUGUAUCAAACUUUAAAACCUAUAAGCUAGCUUAUGGUACCUCUCUUUUUUGCUCUAUUAUUCACUGUUCUUUUGCUACAUUAGUGCUGUAGAUUGCCUUUGUAAACUUUUGGUGCAAAUCAAACACAUUACAUUUAGGGGUAA